UCAACGAUGACGUCACAAUAUAACUCGUGAUAUUUAUUCUUGGAAGCCGCAUUAGACGACAUUGCCACGUUUACUUUCGUUUGAGUUGUUUCAAUGAAAAUAUAAUUGUAACGUCUAUAUAUUCGUUGAUAAAAACUGCUGUUUGGUAUUGCAAAGCGAAAAACGAACAAACACAAUCGGGACGAGCAAAUCGAGCGUCGAGAGCAAAAAUCUGCCUUCAGGUUUGUACCAGAUUGAGAAGCUGUGAAUAGAAAAUGAAUAGUUCAUCUGACGAGGAUUAUGAUGAUCUUGAAAUGUCUGAGGGGAGUGAUUUACAGGAUAACAUAGAUCAACUUCAACCGCAAUUUCUAAAUUUGAUGAAUGAAUUUGCUGAUGCUGAGAUGUUUCUUAUUGAUGGCGAUUCCUUGCUGAUGGAGCAGGCUUUGGACAAAAAUCUAGACUGGACUUGUAGUGGUCAAUUGCUUCAUCUUGUUUACCUUUUCGAACGUUAUCUUCAUCUUUUUGUUCGUAAAGGUGGCGUCUUUGAAAUAGUAUUUUUCCAAGAUCUCGGUAAAAUGUGGAAAACACAACCAAGUAUCCACCUUGCACGGAAUGUCAUUAUAGAGCAUCUAAAAGCAAACGUUACACAUAAGAUUUUAUGUGAAUUUGAAAGUCCGUGGGAUAUGAAAUUUCAAAAAUACAUAGAAGAAUUUGCUCCUUCUUUUAUGCUUCUUUCCGAUGGAUUAAUGUCAAGAAGUACAAAUCAAAACUUUAUCCAUAAAGAUGCACCUGAAUUGUUUGAACAUCAUUUUCAAGUUUUGAGUUUGAAAUUAAAUAUUGCGUUUACAAAUCCAAUUGAAUUUGGUACAUCCACCCUUAACGGCUUUCAUAUUAUGUAUGAGCGAAAAUUCAGCAAGUGGAGGAUACCCCCCAAAAAAUUCCCAUUUUACAAUGUUAAAAGCUUCCUUGCAAAUGAAAAAAUCAUUGAAAAUGUUUGCACAGCAGUGAAAAGCAAUUUAUCCUUACUGGAUGAAUCAUGUCAAAUUAAUGGUGUCAUUGAUGGUCGGCUUCUGCUGUUUGUUGUGUCAACUUGUGUUUACAUGAAAUCAUUGAGGAGUUCAGAAAACAAAGAUUUCCAACAGGAUAUUGCACGUCUUAUUCUUAUUCAUGCGGUCUUACUUACAUCACUUCCUCUGAAAUACCGAGCGUAUUCUCUCGAAAAUGUUCAUCAUUUAAUUUACAACAAAUCAUCAUUUCGUGAUAAAUUGAAGAAUAGUUUAUUAAGAUAUCAAUUUGUAAUGGCCGAAGUCUUGCGAGUAACCAAAAUGACAACGAACUACCAUUUGCUACACAAACGAUUUGUGACUCGUGGGAUGGACGUGAUUUACCACAUACUGUUUUUGCUGCUUGAAAACUCGAGUGAUAAAAGUGCUUUGACAUUGACGCCUUCUCAACAUAAAAAAAUUGCAUGUCUGGUACGUGCAAUAUCGUCAUUACUGAAGGAGAAUGAAUGGUUAGAUGUACCUUAUCUUCAAUAUCUUGAUGUCAAUUAUUCAAAGAAAAGCUGUGAUGUUAGUCACUCAAAAUCAACUUCUGGGCAAAGUAAUUUUUUGAAUAUGAAUUGCAAAUCAAGACAAAUAAAACCAGUUGCAAAUAAAGACGGAUUGAUCCAUAUAGACUGUGUCUUAUUGAGUGAAUAUGCAGGAAAGAUUUGGGAAAAUAUGUGUGUUAAAAAGCUCGAAAUUGAUGAUCCUGAUGUCGCUCGUUUAGUGGUAAGUGGAGAUGACUUUGAUGAGAUUUACCAUUGGCAUUCAAGUAAACCACUCAGUGAUGAUUUUGACCGAAUGCGCCGUGAUGCAAGUGAUGAGAGAGAUUUGAGACAAAGGACUCUUUAUGCCAGGCACAUGCAAAGGUAUGGAAAAUCUUUGCAUGGUCAGUAUGAAUUUCCUGCAAUUGUUGUUGAUGACGAAAAGAAAACAGCAAAGAAUAAAGAAAAGACAUCACAAAAAAGCCAGAAAAUUAAGCAGGAGAAUGAGGAAAGGAUAAAAGACAAACACUUGAAUAAACAACUACAAGCUUGGGAUCAAGAGAGAACAGGCAUUCGCAAGCUUGAACAAGACGGACAAUUUGAUUUAGCUGUCACCAAAAUUGAUCGAUUUUUGUCAUCUGUAAAGGAAGAAGAGCUAAAGUCAAGUAUUUUGGUAAAGAAGGCAAAAAUUUUGUGGAAAAGGUGGAGAGAGCUUUGUAACGAUAAAAAGAUAAAGAUGAAAGAAGCCAAGUUUCUUCUUCUUACAAUUUUGAUGUUGAUCAAUAAUAAAGAAUUCCUUGUGAAGAAAGACAAAGAUAAUUUGGCAAGAUAUCUGUAUGGUAUAGGUUUUGGCGAGAUUGUGAUAAAAAACCAUUUGUCCGAAAGGUUGUUUGACUUUAAGGAUAAAUAUAGUUUGAAUACAUCAAGUCCACGUUUUCAGCUUCUUUACCUUGGCGAGAGGUUAAGAAGAGAACCACGUACCGAUCCUGACAAGAGAGUGAAUCACUUCAUUCCUGAAACAUGGCAACGAGAUCUGCUAGAUGCAAUUGAUAAAAAACAAUCUGCAUUAAUCGUAGCUCCAACGUCUUCAGGAAAGACGUUUGUCUCUUAUUACUGCAUGGAAAAAGUGCUCAGAGAAGACAAUGAAGGUGUUGUUGUAUAUGUUUCUCCUACAAAAGCUUUAGUUAAUCAAGUUGCUGCUACAUGUGCUGCAAGAUACAAGAAAGAUAUGCCUCCUGGGAAAAGUGUGUAUGGUGUGUUCACUCGUGACUAUCGAGUUAAUGCUCUUAAAUGUCAAAUAUUGAUCACUGUUCCUCAAUGCCUUGAGAUUCUUCUUUUGUCUCCUGACAGACAAGAUUGGGUUGACAAGAUUAGAUAUGUUGUGUUUGAUGAAGCUCAUUGCAUUGGACUAGAGAAUGAUGCUGAAGUGUGGGAGCACCUCUUUCUCUUGAUACGUUGUCCAUUUCUAGCGUUGUCAGCAACUAUUCACAACCCUCGUGACCUGCACUCCUGGCUGCAAAACGUUGAGCAGGACAAGUUUCAACGUGAUAGGUCGAACAAUACUCUUCGAAAGAAUUUUCCAUUUUCUUAUAACGUUGCCUUGGUUACCCACAACGAAAGAUACAACGAUCUUGAAAAGUUCAUCUAUGUACCACGCUUGAAUGACGAGACGGAGCCAAAGCUAGAACAUAUUCAUCCUUGUUCUGCCUUAAAUACUCGUCAAUUGGAAAAAGCUUCCCAAUUUCCUACCCAUGUCACUUUAUCACCAAGAGAGACAAUGGCGUUCUAUGAUGCCGUACAGGAAGUGUUUCCUGAAGAUGAUUUAGUGAGAAAGUUGUCUCCAGAAUCGUAUUUUGAAAAUGAGACAUUUAUCUCCAAAGAAAGUGUUAGAAGGUAUGAAAAUGAUGUAAAAAGUAAAUUUAUGGAGUUUAUAAAGAAAAAUGAUGAAAAAGGGAAAGAAGUGAUCAAUAAACUUCUACCGGAAACUUCGUUAGAUGUUUCAAUUCAAGAUGAGAAAUACAGGCUUGUGUAUCACAUUUUUGAUUUGGUCGAAAAGCUAAAAAAUGAUAAUCUGUUACCUGUCAUAUUCUUCAGUUUUGAUCGUAAAUUGUGCGAGACUUUUGCCAAAAUAAUUGUUAGCUGUCUGCAAAAAAGAGAGAAUCAACAUGGUGGCGAUCAUGAUGGAGGGAAAACAGAAAAAUUGGAACGGAAAAUACAAAAAGCAGAAAAACGACAACGCGAUGAAAAUGUGGCUGAUGAGGUUUUACGAAAAACCAAUUCAGCCGGGCAGAAAUGUUCAUCGCAUCGAAGAAAUAAAACCUCGGCCGACGAAACUUGUUUUUUGAUUGACAAUCCUCCGCCAGAAAACUGUAGCUACGCUGGAAAAGGUGUUCUCGAUGCUCAUGACGCUAAUCUUAUUGUCCAAAGACUAGUGAAACGGGGAGAAAAAAGCAGUGAACGGGAAGAAUUUUUCCAAGAAUGUCUUAGACGGGGAGUUGGGUAUCAUCAUUCAGGAGUGAACAGCAAAGAACGAAGUGCCGUUGAAAUGUUAUUUCGAAAGAAAUUUGUAAAUGUUGUGUUUGCUACAGGGACUCUAGCUUUAGGCAUUCAUAUGCCAUGCAAAACAGUUGUGUUUGCAGGUAAUUCAGUUUUUUUGAAUACUCUUCAAUAUCACCAAAUUUCUGGUAGGGCAGGAAGACGAGGAUUUGAUAUGAUUGGAAAUGUCAUUUUCUUUGGUAUCCCUCAAGCCAAAAUCAAUCGACUUAUGACCGUAAGCCUGCCUCGUAUCAUUGGAAAUUUUCCGUUAAGUGAGUCUUUAGUGCUUCGCUUACUUCUUAUUGUCAAUAAAGGAAAGGAUCGUGAAGUUGCAUUAAAUCAAGCUUUGACACUAUUGCACAAUCCAUUAAUCUGCAAAAAUCAACCGGAACUUGAUCUACAGUUAAAACAUCAUUUCCUGUUCUGCGUCGAGCAUUUAGUUCGGCAGGGUCUUCUUGAUCUAAAAGGAUGUCCUCAAGGCUUGGCAGGUCUGGCGAUUCAUCUUCAUUAUCAUGAGCCGUCUAAUUUUGUUCUGUUGUCGUUCUUACGCAGUAAAGUUUUUCAUAACUUUUGUAGAAAUAAAAAUGCGCGCAAGAGAGAUGGCAAAUUUUCCAAAGAUUUCAUGAAGUCUCUCGUAAUUGUGUUGAGUCAUUUGUUUGCUCGUCGUAGACUGCAUGAAUUCUUAAUGCAACGUCCACGAAGUACAUCAAAAAUUCGUCUAGAAAAACUACCAUCUGAAUUCGAAGCUGAACUCGACAAGUACAAUAGUAAUGUUCACGAAGUUUUUGAUCUAUAUAUUCGAACUGUUUCUGGACACGUCAAUGAUACUUUGGGAGAAGAUAUUACACUUCCGUUGUCUUCAGUUAAACUUAUUUCAGCAGAAAACUACAAAAUGAAUUUACCACCAAUAAGUUUGGAGAACAAACUACAAUCGUUAUCAUUACCAUAUAAGAUGUGUUCAUCUUUUACUGCUCUAUCUGGGAAUACAGAUGAUCGUCUAUACAGUUCAAACGAUCGUGUUCCAAACAUCCGUUAUCAGGUUUAUACCGAUGUUAAAGUUGUUCCUGUUUUUCCAACUGAUAUAAAUCUUAAUGGUUAUGUGUACGAUUUCUUUAACCAUGGAAAUUACAAAGCAAUUAUAAGUGAAAAUGGCUUGAUGCAUGGAGAAGCAUAUCAACUUCUGAAAGAUUUUAUGUUGGUAUUGAAAUCGAUAUCAGUCUCUCUGGAAGAAUGGGCUCCAGAAGAUGAUAUUGUUCGGAAAGCUUUUGUACAGCUCGCACAAGACUUCUCAUCAACUUUUAAAUAAGCUUUUUAAUGAAUUUACUCAUUAUAAUUGUAAUUGUUAUGAUUAUAAGUAUCCAUUGAAAAUGGAAGAGAUAGCACUUAGCAGUGAUAACAAUAGAGAGUAUUUUGUUGUGAACAUUUCAAUAUAAAUGCAAACUGUUCUCAUGAAA